AUGGAUAUAGAGAAGGCCUUAGCAGAUGGGAACCUGCUGGAGGUGGUCUCUGUGGUCAAAAAUACUCUGAAGACAGCAUCCAGGACCCCAGUGAAAAUUGCAGUGACAGGGGACUCUGGCAAUGGCAUGUCUUCCUUUAUCAAUGCUCUGAGGGGCAUCGGGCAUGAAGAGGAGGCCUCAGCACCUACUGGGGUGGUGAGAACUACCCAAACACCUGCCUCCUACUUGUCCUCCAAUUUUCCAAACGUGGAACUCUGGGAUCAGCCUGGCAUGGGCAGAUCACAGAGCCUGGAGAGCUAUGUGUUGGAAAUGGGGUUUAGCAAGUACGAACUCUUCAUCAUCAUUGCAUCCGAACAGUUCAACAUGAAUCAUGUGAUGCUUGCCAAAACCAUUGAGAGGAUAAAAAAAAAGUUCUAUGUUGUGUGCACCAAGCUGGACAGGGACCUCAGUGCAAGUGUGCUCAGGGAGGAGCAGCUCUUGAAGAAUAUCCAAGAGAAUAUCCUGGAAAAUCUCUGUAAGGAGUGGUGUGUGAGCCCCCCAUAUUCCUGGUCUCCAGCCUUGACCCUGUUUUGCAUGACUUCCCAAAGCUCAGGAACACAUUGCAAAUGGACCUUAUUCAUAUCAGAUGCCAUGGUCCCCUUCAGAUGCUGUCCCACACCUGUGAGAAGAUCAUUAAUGACAAAGUGAUCUCCCUGCAGAAGACAAUAGUAGCACAUUCUUUCCAGGACAUCCUUGGCAUCUG